AUGAUCAACGUCGAGAUCCGCCUGCGCCGCGCCAUCCGCCUCAACGACCUGGUGCUGGUGCGCCGCAUCGUUCGCAACAACCCGCACGUCCUGCGCAACCCGGUCUUCGAGGACAAGAGCAACACGUCGCUGCACCUGGCCGCCCGCGAGGGCUUCACUGAUAUUGCCGCAUUCCUCAUCGACGCCGGCCACGAGAAUGACGGCAUCUCGCGCAACACCGACCACGACACGCCGCUGAUGCUAGCCGCCGCCUGCGGGCAGGUCGAGGUUGGCAUCCUGCUGGUCGCACGCUUUCCGCAAUGCGUGCCGUACACCAACCUCAACGGCAUGGAUGUUCUCAUGCACGCCUCCAAGAACGGCUCCUCCGCUCUUCUCCCGCACAUCCUAUCCGCGCCCUAUCCGUGCUCCCCGCUGACCCACGACAACGACGGCAACACCGCCCUCCACCACGCCUCUGCCGCCGGCGAGCUCAAGUGCCUGCGCCUGCUCCUCCAGGCCGGCGCCAGUCCACACGCCCUGAACGCAUACGCCUGGAGCCCUUUGGCCUACUCGCGCACCCAAGCAGCAAAACUCUACUUCGAGGAUCUGAUCGCCGAGCAGGAGCGAGCACGCUCCGGAGAGCAGCAACAGCGAGGCAAGGACGCCCAGCAGCACGCCCAGCAGGCUGCCCGUCGCGAAGCCCUGCGCUCCAACAAGGCCGUGCCCGGCGGCGUACGGCUCGUUCAACCAGACGCCGACCUUCCACUGCCGCCCGCAUCGUCCGCAACUCCAGUCGACCCGACCGCUGGCCUGCCGCGGACGUCUUUGGACAGAGGGCCCGGAGCCGUCAUGCUGCCGCGAGCAUCCUUGGACAGGGGACCCGGUGCUUCCAUUCUGCCGCGGACAUCUCUAGACAGGGGACCCGGUGCUGCCAUGCCGCCCUUGCGAACGUCGUUGGAUAGAGGCCCAGGUGACGUACCGCGCAGUUCUUUGGACAGGGGCAUUGCCGGGAUGGCACCGCCACCGCCGCUCAGAACGGGCGACUGGAGUCCCGUCGAGAGGAGGAGACCGAUGACGCCGAAAGGGUCGGCGGGUGGUGGGACGCCCACCAUGGGACAGAGCGAAUGGAGUGCUGGCCGAUUCCAUUCGAGAGCGAGGGCGCAGAGUGGAGACUAA